ACGUGAGUUAAUGAUAUCAUUAAAAAAAUACGAACUACUUCAACUGAUGUACCGGCAUACAUCCGAGGUUGUGUUCGAUAAAAAUGGCCGAGGAGUUCCGAAUGCUUCCUGGUCGGAAUGUUUUCCCCGUGAUUACCUAAGUUGAGGUGUAUCUGUACAGCAGAGCAUACCAGUGCACUUGGGAUAACCACAUAGGCGGACUGUUUGAGCAAAGCUUUUGAUCAGGGCGUGUGCACACAAUCCGAGCAAUCAUGUCGAAGGGAUACUACAGGCUCAUUACGUUUCUUGUCAACAUCUGCACGGACGUGCUUAAGGAACUCUUUCUUGAACAAGCACGAAAAAAUACCACAAUGAGUGUCACCACAGUGCAUUGUUACUUGAUUGCAAAGAAAAAUGCCAUCGAUGCUUUAAAGAGAAGGAAAAUAAUACGAAAUGACCAGUAUGCCCUACUCUUCCCGGCUGCAGGGUUAUGUGAUGAAAACAACUGGGAUAUUUCGUUACUAACUACUCUUCUUUUGAAAUUGCAUGGUGCGUCGGUUGUGCAUGUCAAGAAAGAUAUCGAAACGAUUAGAGAAAUACGGAACGGAAUGCAACUUAUGGCAAGGAUUGCUAAAAUAAAUGACUCACACUUUGAGCAAAAUUGGAAAAGACUUACAGAUGCUACACUUUCCAUUGCAAAUUUUAUCAAAAGAAAACCAUAUAAAGAAACAGUUAAGGCCAACAUAGAUAACACAAUGAUUAGUUGCUUGCCGGAACUUGGUGACACUCUUAGUAAAUGGCAUAUAAGUCACACUAGCGAACUUGAUUCAGAAAUUUUCAGCCUGAAAGAAAAGGUUGAAUCCCUGAGCAAAGACUGUUCAACAUCAGCGACAAUUCCCUCGUAUGCUUGUGGAAAAAGACCGCCUUGCAAUCGCAGUGGAAAACCAGCGAAGCGUUUCAAGAAAACAUCACAGACUCCUGAAAGGCUUUUUGAUGAUUUCAGAAAAACAAUGAAUGAAGAACAGUUUGAGUACUUUUAUCCACCUAGUGAAUGUGCAGAGAUCAGACGCAGAUUAUCAGCUGAUAGAUUCGUUGUUGUUUCUGGGCAUGGCCAAUCUUCUUACCUUAAAACAGCUCUGUACGUUGUACAAUACUUGGAAGAGUAUAAGCAGGAUUUUUGUGCAAUGAUUACUGACCCUAACGACUGGAAACAGAUUGAACCAAAGGAGUUAAAACUGGUUUUGUUCAAAUGCCCGUUUGGAGAAGCAAAACCAAAUAAAAGGAAGACAAGAGCAAUGCUGGAUAUUCUUAACAAUAUCCAGUUUAAAACCAAUGAUUCUGAACAUCCUUUAGUUGUUAUGGUCGUAACACAAUCGGAGAUAAUGCAAAGAGCAUUGAGAAGUGUCGAUGGCCAUCAUGGAUUACUGCAUGAGCCAGUUAUAUUGUACAAGGAAAACAGCAAACAAGAACCAGAUGUUAUUGACGACGGCGUGUUAAAUCAGACCACAGGAACGGAAAGAAGUUCAAUGAAGACGAUGCUAGAAAUGACAAAAUCCUACCGAGAUGAUUACAGCUUUCCGGUCAGUGGAGAAUCUGUGAAGUCAGUUCGAGUGAAAAUGAAAGAAAACAAAUUUGUGCUAAUAAGUGGUGAACGGAGGAACACGAAUACAAGCGUUGCAUUGCGUCUUGCAUUCGAUUAUGAUGACCGACGAUUUCUCAUUGUUCGAAAUAAGUCUGAUAUUUCAAAUAUUGAUCUGCAAAACAUUUCUUUGCUAAUGGUAGAAGACAUAGCGGGAAAAUAUAAGUACGAUGAGGCGAGACUUGCAAAUUGGCUAGAGACAUUUGACUCAUUACUAGCAUUGGUGCGAAAAGGAAAACUUAAUUUGGUCGCGACAAUUGAAUCUGAUAAGAUGGAAAGAGGUAAAAACGACCUUGGAGAGCAUCAAGUCUUUAGACAUGAGGUCCGGAUACCACCAAGUGAUUUCAUUUGUGUCAAGGAAGAAAUUGAGACGCCAGUUGCUUCAGUUAAAGCACCAGUCCAAUCAAGGCAAUGCAAUACGGUGACAUCCGGAGCAAAAAGCUCAACAAGUCUAGUUAUUGAUACAGAUGAUGAGACAGAUGAUACGACACCAAAUGAUUCAGAUUUUAUGAACGAUAGUGAUUUAGAUUUUGAGAGAGAACUUGAGUUAUGCUCAUCAUUAAUGCCAUUAUCUUCUUAUGAUGAUGAUGAUGAGUCAGAUGAGGAUUCAGAGACAGAUGAGGAUUCAGAGACAGAUGAGGAGUCAGAGACAGAUGAAGAUUCAGAGACAGAUGAGGAGUCAGAUGGGGAGGAUUUAUAUCGAAAAAUGAGAAGAAAGCUCAUCAGAUCUAAGAAAGUCUAAAAGAUGUGCUGACGCUAAGAAUUGGAAUACAAAAACUGGUUUCAAGAUUGAUAUGGCCUAUAAAAUUGUCAGAUACGAACAGGGUAACUCAUGCUUUAUGGUUGAAAAAAAUAAUUACCACUGGAACAAACUGGCUGUAAAUAUGUAGCCCGUACUUAACUAUGAGGCUCGCCAUUCGGUGUAAGCGACCAAUUUUCGAAAGCUAUACAGAACCGACGAGGAAAGAUAAUACCCUACCUUGUACAGGCCAGCUAACAGGGCAGCAGCCACGCUUCGCGUGUCAAGUCCUGUACAAAGACAGGGUUCGCUAAACACAAGACCACACCCUCAAGGUCCUGUACUGGCUCUCCACCGUUCUUGGAACCAGUGGUGACCGGACACUGACAGAAGCGACGAAAAACAGUUCCGAUGUGUUUCCUGGAACGUCCUGGGACCUCCUCGAAAUUCUGACAUAUAUAUAUAUACAUGCUGAAACUUAUAAUGCUAAAACUAUCUAUGUAGACAUGGACACUGUUCACUGUUUUACGUUCCCUGUGAUGUCCAAACUGCAACUAAAAAGUAUAUUCGUAACAGUUAUAUGUUAUAGUUUAUUAGAGCUAAACAUAUUGGAAGGGAAUUGAGCUUGUUUAACAAAAUAACAAAGGUUUUAUAUGAUUUAAAUGAAAAUACAUCUAUGGUACGGAAAAUGAUGUAUACGUUUGUUUUUGUUAUACAUGUUUACCACUGAACGAAUUUGAAGUAUGCUGUUCCACUUGAUGUUUUACCAUUACGAUCGACAUUUGAUGACGAGUCUAAUCCUAUUGGACACAUAUAGCUGCCAGUAUGUGAAGAAAACAGUAUUUUACUGUCAAUGGUAGAUUAGAGCUUGGUAAUUGUACAUGUGACAACUUUAUUAGAAACAGAUUAGCGCCUGGCGUACUUGACUAUGUCAAUGUCAAUUACAACUUACAUACUUGUUUGAUAGAUUCAAAGCACUUGACGUAGCUGAAUUUCCUGAGUAUGCCUUAGGUGUGUGUGAUGUUCAUAGUUUCAAACAAUGACUGCAUCGUAUCUUUAAAAAAAUGCAUUAGGUACUCUGAAUUGUAUUCCCUCAUCUGCAGAUAGAGUCGAGAUCCCUAAUCAUUGAAGUACCUAUUAGUUAAAUAUUAUUUGUUUUAUUAUUAAGUUACCUCAAGUUAAUGCAUACUUACGUUUUUACUUUAUUCGGGAUUGUUGGGACACAUAUUGGUUUAAACCCCCAGUAAAUUUACAUUUUACUGACCGUUCCAAGGCGGUACCUAACAAUCCUUGAUAAACACACCAAGUUGUUAUAUAGUAUAUAUGUACCGUGUUGUUUGUAGAGUCUUGUGCUGUUGGUCCAUGUAUCUGGUUUGUGAUUGUUUUGGGGUUUUUUUGUGUUCUAUGUCUUUGGCGUUUACCCAGUGCCAUUAAACGAGGUUUAUGUUUAAACUCUCGUCUACUGAGCUUGUUUCUGUAGUUUUCAUAUAAAUUUUACUAUAAUUUGUAAUACUGAUAUAAUUUUUAACUCUUAUUAUGAUAAGAUUGUUUGGCACAAUUGUGAUCCUCAUGAUUCACGGUAUUUGCUGGAUGAUGAAAUCAUUUGUUUGAUGAUAUUUCUAAUAAUCAAUUGCAUGAAAAUGCAACGUUUGAUGUAUUUAUAAAUAAAAUUUAGGAUGUUUUUUUUUUAUUAUAUUAUGAUAUAUAUAUUUGCAGCCUCACGAAAAUACAUUUUGUGUUAACGUAAAUAUAACACCAGAAAAUCACUAAGGUUUGAUGCAACUCCCAAAUAACAAAACAUUCAUUUUACCAUUGUCAACGAAGUAUCAAAGCCAUACCGUAGAAUGAAAAUCAUGUUGAUUUUUUAAAUGCUAGAUAUAGUUUUUGUGAUGUAAAACGCAAACCAACGCGCUUUUUUAUUCUAAGGAACGUAAUAUGUUGACUAAUCUAAGCAAGUGGAGCCCAAGAAAAUAUAUAAAUAAAUGCAAUUAUGAUAUUAAAAGUGAUGAAUUUGUCUAGCAUUUUUAAGAAAUAUUAAAUUCUUCACAUUUCAGUUCAUUUAAUAAUGACGAUUUUUUAUUAACCGAAAUUCCGAAAACUAAAUCAACCUGAAAAAGACGCAAAAGUCCUGAUUUGCAAAAUAAUCUUGCAGAUUUUUUUCAAUGUUUCCAAGGAGUUUAUUUCUGCUUAUCUAUUUGAGAUUUUUAGUUAUAUUUAUGCCAAAGGAUUUUUUCCCGAUUAUUGCUGUAUAGGCGUCAUAGCUAAUAUUUUCAAGAAAGGUGAUGGUUCUAGUGCUUCAACUAUUGGUUCAUAAUGAUGUGAAUGUCAAUAGAAAUGUAAAUAUUAAUAAGCAUGUAUAUGUUUGGUGAUCAUAUGUUAUAGCUUUGUAGGACACUAUUGGCUUAUAUUUCUAUGUUUGUAUUGUUAAUUUUAAUUAUAUACCUUACCUUUUGCAAGGACUAAGAGACAAGUAUGUACAACAAUGGGAUGAUAAAUUGUCUAAUCAGUCAAAAGUGGAGUAUCUUCAAAAUUUCAAAUGUGAUUUUAAGGCUGAUAAAUAUUUAGUUGUAAAGAAAAUAUAAAAAAUAAGACACCAACAAGUCCCGAUUAAGAUAUUCCUCACAUUUAUUUUGGAAAUUGAGAUAAAUAUAAUUGCAUAAUGUUAUCAGAGCAGAAGGCAAAUAUUAAUUAUUUUCACUGAUUAUUGUUGAAUCCGAAUAUCAUUUUCUUCUUUGCUAAUCUGCAUAUUUAUAGGAAACAUUGUAUACAAGCCUAGCUUAGUUAAGUUUAAAAUAUUGUUAUCUUGGGAUAAUGUUAAGGUUAUUCACAUGUUACGAAAUUGGUUGCCUAUGAAAUGGAUAAUAAAACAUACGUUGUUUCCUAAUAAUUUUGGUUUGUGAUAUAAAGUACAUUAAGCUGUAUUAUAUGUUUAAAUGUUAAGAAUGAUGCUAUUUAUAGAGUUUCAUCUAUUAAGAUACUAUUAUCGUGUAUUGCAGUAUUCGUAAGUUGUGUACAUAUACGUGUGUGUUGUGUCUUAAUAACUGUUUAUACCAUUUGUAAAUGACCAAAGGUAAAGUGCUGAUUUGUCAAUAAACUUGAAACUUGAAA